CGCGACUUGCGUUUGCUCCUUGGGUUAUUUCGUUUUCCUCUCUACUCUCCCCCUUGGCCGCUCCUCUAGAGCUGCGCUCUCCGGUGUCGCUCAGCCUUUUUUGCCUUGAACUGAAUCCAGGUGGGAAACUGGUCGUCCGGCGGAAAGACACCGAAUAGGUAGAAAUAAGGCAAAGUAUCAGACGCAACAGGUCCAGAGCUCGGUGGGGCGGGAGAGCGGCGGCCCCUCGCCGCGCCCGCUGCCCCCCGGGACCCUACACUGCAGCUCUCGGGGACCUGGGGAGAGGUGUCUGCUUUUUGAGGGUUAGGAGAGCCAUCCGGGUGGGUUUCAUUUCGGUUUUUUUUACCCCAUCGCCACCCGGUCCCUGGACUGAGGGUGCUUUUCACUCAACUGGUAGGAGAGAAGGAAGCGGAGGAUGGUCCACGCCUGCUGGUCUCAAAACUGAGCAAAGCGCAGAUUAUUGGAGGAGAUAGUGGGUGGAAGGCGAAGCCGAGGCAGCCGCCACAAUGCUGGUGAAGAAGCAUGCAGGGAAAGGAGGGGGUCGAGAGUCUGGAUCCGAAGACCCGAGCCCCUGCGGGCAGCGGUGUGCCCGUACCAUGCCCCAGUGCACGGCCCUGGCGACACUCCUAUCAGUGGUGGCCGUGAUUUCUUGUCUGUACCUUGGGGUGAAAACCAACGGCCUCCAGGCUAGGAUCGCCGCUCUCGAAUCUGUUAAAGGGGAUCCUUCUGUUCGUCUGCUGCCUGAUACCUUGGAUCAGCUGAAGGCCAUGGUGCAAGAGAAAGUGGAGCGCCUUCUGGCUCAGAAAUCCUAUGAACAUAUGGCUAAAAUAAGAAUUGCAAGAGAAGCACCUUCAGAGUGCAACUGCCCAGCAGGUCCUCCGGGAAAACGAGGGAAGAGGGGUCGAAGAGGAGAAUCUGGUCCUCCUGGUCAGCCUGGUCCUCAGGGCCCCCCUGGUCCAAAAGGUGAUAAGGGAGAACAGGGUGAUCAGGGACCUCGGAUGGUGUUUCCUAAAAUCAAUCAUGGGUUUCUCUCUGCUGAUCAGCAGCUCAUUAAACGCCGCCUGAUUAAGGGUGACCAAGGUCAGGCAGGGCCUCCAGGACCCCCAGGCCCUCCAGGCCCACGAGGGCCACCUGGGGACACAGGGAAAGAUGGCCCCCGUGGAAUGCCAGGAGUACCUGGUGAACCAGGAAAACCAGGAGAACAAGGCUUGAUGGGUCCUCUGGGGCCUCCAGGACAAAAGGGUUCCAUUGGAGCACCUGGAAUCCCAGGAAUGAAUGGACAAAAGGGUGAGCCUGGGUUGCCUGGAGCAGUAGGACAGAAUGGAAUCCCGGGGCCAAAGGGAGAACCUGGAGAACAAGGAGAAAAGGGAGAUACCGGAGAAAGUGGCCCCAAAGGUGACACGGGCGAAAAGGGUGACCCUGGAUCAUCUGCUGCAGGAAUUAAGGGAGAACCUGGAGAAUCUGGUCGUCCAGGGCAAAAGGGUGAACCAGGGCUUCCUGGGCUUCCUGGACUUCCCGGGAUAAAGGGAGAACCAGGUUUCAUUGGUCCUCAGGGGGAACCAGGCUUACCAGGAUUACCAGGAACAAAAGGUGAACGUGGGGAGGCAGGGCCUCCUGGAAGAGGUGAGCGAGGGGAUCCUGGAGUCCCUGGACCAAAGGGGAAACAAGGUGAAUCAGGAACUAGAGGCCCAAAGGGGUCCAAGGGUGACCGUGGUGACAAAGGAGACUCUGGAGCUCUGGGACCAAGGGGUCCACCUGGGCAAAAAGGAGAUCAAGGAGCCACCGAAAUCAUAGACUACAAUGGCAACCUCCAUGAAGCCUUACAGAGGAUUACCACCUUAACUGUCACGGGUCCCCCUGGACCUCCUGGACCUCAAGGACUACAAGGGCCAAAGGGAGAACAAGGAUCUCCAGGAAUCCCAGGAGCUGAUGGAGAGCAGGGACUCAAAGGCUCAAAGGGAGACAUGGGGGACCCAGGUAUGCCAGGUGAAAAAGGAGGAAUUGGACUUCCUGGAUUACCGGGUGCCAAUGGAGUGAAGGGAGAAAAGGGAGACUCCGGAUUGCCAGGUCCCCAGGGUCCUUCUAUCAUAGGCCCACCAGGCCCUCCAGGUCCUCAUGGCCCACCUGGCCCCAUGGGACCCCAUGGACUUCCUGGACCAAAGGGUACAGAUGGUCCUAUGGGACCUCAUGGCCCUGCAGGCCCCAAAGGAGAAAGAGGGGAAAAAGGAGCUAUGGGAGAGCCUGGACCCAGAGGACCAUAUGGCCUGCCUGGGAAAGAUGGAGAGCCUGGUCUUGAUGGUUUCCCUGGUCCACGAGGCGAGAAGGGUGACCUAGGAGAAAAGGGAGAAAAGGGAUUCCGAGGCGUUAAGGGGGAAAAAGGGGAGCCAGGCCAGCCUGGCCUGGAUGGGCUGGAUGCCCCUUGCCAAUUGGGCCCAGAUGGAUUACCCAUGCCUGGCUGUUGGCAAAAGUGAUGAAUCUAACCUUCCAAGCAUGAAGUUGUGUAUAUAAUGGUCCACUUUCUAUAUUUAUAGUUGAAAACAGAAUUGCAGAUUUUACAAGUCUGAGAUAUGUUUACAUAGAGC